AUGGGGAAAGGUUUGAUCUGUACAAUCAGUGGGGGUUUGAGAUCAGUUUGCAAUCAUCCAUUUCUUGUUGGUUUUGUGGGUUUCUUAAUAUUUCUGUAUAGAUCGUCUCCUUUUGUAUUUUCUUUAUUGGUUUAUGCAUCCCCUGUUCUUGUAUGCACUGCAAUUUUGCUUGGAACCCUUUUAAGUUUUGGGGAAUUGAACCUACCUGAUGUCGAAAUAGAGGAGAAAACAACCCAUGAGGCUGUAUCUUUGAAAACCGGGGUGUUAGGGGACACUACUGUUGUUCAGAGAAAUGAGAGUUACUCUGUGGAGAGAGACGCGGAAAAUGGAAGGAAUGUAGUAAAGCAAUCCAUUGAUGAAUCAAGUAAGACAGCAGGAAAGAUCGGUGAGAUUGACAGAGAGAACGAUUUGGAUGAUUUGACACCAUUAAUUGAGGAAAGUUCCCAUGAAACUGAGUUGGAGAAUGGGACAACUAACAGAGAAAACAGAGAGUUAGGUGUUUUGAGAGACAAGCAGAACAGUGAAGUGCAUGAAGUGACACUUGGUAAUGGGGAAGUCAUGCAGGAUCGGUAUUCUUCAAUUCGAGAGGAUAAUGAUGAAUAUCUUGAAUUGGACGAUGCUAAAUCGGAAGCAGAUUCUUUCGAUUCCAAGAGAGUGUAUGUGGAUCCUCUGGAUUCACCUCCCCGUACAUCUUGGAAACGGAUAAAAGAGGAAGAAGAAAAGGAAGAAGAGACGGAAGAGGACGAGGCUAUGGAUUCUGGGUCUGAUGGGGAUGAGAGUUCCUCUCCAGAUGCUUCCAUGGCUGACAUAAUUCCGAUGCUUGAUGAGCUUCACCCACUUCUGGACGAAGAUGCUCCCCUACCCGUUCAAUUGUCCCAUGAUGAAUCUGACUCAUCGUCAGUAUGUUCUCCAAAAUCUAGCACUAGCAGUCAAGAGUUGGAUGAUGAGAUCGAUAAUCCAGCGGACUUAGAAGUUGAGGAUGAUGACAAUCAAGAUGUUGAGGAUGAAGAAGAGAAACAAGAGCUCUCGAAGUCUGCCAUCACAUGGACAGAAGAAGACCAAAAGAAUCUAAUGGAUCUUGGAAGUUCUGAGAUUGAAAGGAACCAGCAGCUGGAGAAAUUACUCGCAAGGAGGAAAGCUCGGAAAAAUAUGAGUAUGGUCUUGGAAAAGGACUUGAUUGACUUAGAAAGUUCUGAUCUUGCAUUCAAUAUUGAGCCCAUUUCAACAACAAGACAAAACCCAUUUGACCUCCCUCGUGAUUCUUAUGAUAAUUUGGGGCUACCUCCCAUUCCUGGUUCUGCUCCAUCUGUUUUAAUACCAAGGCAAAACCCGUUUGAUAUUCCUUACAGCACAGCGGAAGAUAAGACAAAUCUUAGGGGAGAUGGUUUUCAUGAGGAGUUUAUGACAUUUCAAUCAAGCGAGCCAUUUUUCCAAAGAGUUGAGACUUUUAAUGUGGAACCAUCUUUUUAUGGUGCCAACAGGCAUGAGAGACAAGAUAUAAACUUAGGGCCAUACUUCUUUCCACAGCAGGCAGUUUCAGAAGAAUCAAGCUAUUCACAAUUUCAGGGACAAUCAAAUGAACUUAGGAACUCUAAGGCUAGUUCUGUUCAGGAAACAGAAUCAAUUGAUUUAGCUGGGGAUCUGGAAGAUGGAAAGCUCGCAGAAGUACAUAUUUCUCAGGAAGAGGGCACAUCGCGGGGACCAGAGCUGAUUUCCACAAUGGAAAAAGUCAUUGGCACAAAUUUACCACAGGAACCAGAGUCAACCUCUGAGAUAGAGCAUGUUUCAGAGAAUGUUGGGCGCGGAAGCCAGUCAUCUGAAGAAGAAGAGUCUUUGGGGUUGGGACAAGUCAAGAAGAGAUAUGUUGAAGUUCAAUUAGGGGAUGCCCAAAUUCGUCAUGAAGAAGGAAGUGUAGCCCAAGUUCAAAAAAUGGAAUUUGAGUCAAAAGCAGAAGCUGAUGAACAGAGAUACAGUAGAGCCUUGAGCUCUUCGUCAUUGUCUGAAGGGAGUGAUAGGGUCUUCACUGAAACAGCAUGUGAAGGGUCAUUAGUAUUAGAUGAAGGGAGAGAUGAUGUUGCUGAAGAGCCACGAAUCUCAACGCAGCCUUCAUUAGAAAGUACCAAUCUCAAUAUCACAAGUGAGUUGGUUGAUGAUAUUCCACAUAAGGAACCUGUUUAUGAUUCAAGUCCCCCAGAAGUUAGAAAAAACCUUUCUUCCUCCUCUAUGUCUUCUGAUGUGAUGGAUAUGGAUUUUCUUCCGGUGUUGGUUAAGCAGACUGUUCCCUUAACCCGGAGAGACUCUGAAGAGAGUGACCAAGAACUGGAGAAGGAUACUCCUAAUACCGUAGAGAUGCCGACGGAAUCGUCAAAUCUGCAUCCAGUAAAUGAAAAUGAUUCGGGUCCAAAGUUUGUUACGGGUAUAAGAGAGCAUGAUAUUGUAAACUCUGAUAUAUUGGGAGUUGUCCAGAGAUCUGAGAGUGCAGGUGCUUCAGUGGAGGGAAAUCGUACGUAUCAACACGACAAUCAGCAUACAGAGAGUCAAGUUUCUAGUGCAAGUUGUGAUGCAGACGAAAAUGUCAUGCCCCACGUUGUCGGGGAUCAUAUUGUGGAGUCCGUGUCCUACUUUUCUGAAGAUCAAAACUUUGAUAGACCAGAUGACGAUGGACAUUCACUGGUUUCUGAUGCUAAUCUUGAUGAGGUUGUUUAUCAUGAAAGUGAAAAGCCGAUUUUCACAAAUUAUCCUGAUGGAAAAGCUCUCUCUCACUCUGACAAUGAUCUGGCUUCCUCAAAUAAAUCUGUGAAUGAACAGCCUUUCAACCAUCAUAGUGAAGUCCAGGAUGCUCCUAAUAUCCCUGUCAAGUCAAAUAAGGAAGUAAGAACUAUGGACAACCUGAAUAUCCCAGAGAUUCCAGAGCUUGAUCAUGAAGUUUCACCAAGUAACUCUCCAUCAAGUCCUGAAUUUAUUUCCAUCCCGUCUAAUGAUUCUGAGGCCACAGCCCCUCCAGGUUUAUUGUACUCAGAGAAGUGCACUGGUGGUGAAUCCACUACUUCUCGUGUUGAUGUGCAGACUAUUAUUGAGGAUGCAGAUGAGAUCAAGGAAAUUGAUGAAGGAUUUCUGUCCGAGUUAGAUAGCAUAGGUGAUUUUAAUAUCAUUGAAAGGGGAUCAAGCUCAAAUGAGUUUGAAAAACAUGUAGACAGUGGUCGAGAAAGCUUGUCUUUGUCACACGAAACUGGAAAUACGAGUAGAGGAGAGGUUAACUCCAAUGAAGUGACAGAAUAUGCAAUGGAUUCAGAGAAAUUGAGGGAGGAGAUUGAUAUACUCGAAGAGGCAAUGGAAUCUGCUUCUGAACUACAAACAUCUGUAACGAAUGCAAUUGGACAUAGUGAUUUAUCUGAAAGGGAGUUCAGCAGUAGUGACAUCCAGAAUUCUCUUGAUCCAAGACAAGACGAGCUACACCCACUAGAAAAUGACACUACUCCUGCCGAUUCUAUGGUAGAUCAGAAUUUGACUCUUGAAGACACAAACCCUGGAAUGCCUGUAGGUGAUGCAAAAUCAGUAGAAGAUAUUGAUUCUGAUUUCGAGAAAUCUGAACUGAUAUCUGCGGAAACUGAAAUCAUUUACAAAGUGAUCGAGAAGCCUGUUGUUAUUGAGCCAACCGACGCCAGAUUGGUUCUUGAAGAAACAGUAACUGAACAUUCAAGUCAGGCGGAAAUUGAUAUUGAUGCACCAGUUCUUGAAGUUAGAUCAAUGGAAGAUGUUACUUUGGAUCAUAUGCAAGUUCAUAAUGGCAGUGUUGAGAGUCAUACAAUUUCUGAUUCAACUGAUAAUGUUUUGCAUGUGGUGGCCCAAGGAAGAGCUUCAGAGUUGCAUUUUGAGGAACCAGCACCUUCAGAGUUCAAUGGUUUGGCCCCAGAUCAAUCCGAAGAGGGUAAUAUGGAGAAACAACUGGGGCCAAAGUCCAAAGAUAGAUCAGCAAAAGUUGAGGCACACGAAGCAGGUUCGUCCAAGCCUGAUAUACAAGCGAUAAAGAUAGUCGCUGCUGAAUAUGAAGUUUAA